AUGUCGCGGAUCCAAGAUGCGAAGCCGGAGAAGUGGGAUGAUCUAAGCCGAAUCAACCAUGCCAAGUAUCAACAGUCGCUGCGGAGCAUGCUCUGUAAGUCGCACCAUUCCGCUGUAUCAGCGCAGCGCGACCAACAAUACAGUGCUUUAUUACAACUUUUGCUUCAGAGAUGA